ACCCAAGAUGGCGGCCGCAGACGGCCGUACGGGCGCGAGGCGGGCGCUGGGCGGGGAGACCCUGGGCGGCCUCCUCACGUGAGGAGCUGAAAAGGGAAGAGCCGGGGCUGCGCGGGACGGGGCUGCGGCGCUGGAAGGAGUUCUCCCACCAUGAGGAUGCCGUGCCUGCUCCCCGCCCUGCUGUACCUCUCGCUUUUGCUGCUGGGACCUGGCGAUGGAGUUAUUGUAUUAUCUGCCCCUGAAGUGGUUUCAUUAGAAAGUAGAAGUUCAAUGAAUGUCACUAUCUCUCUGAGGGCUCCAUUAAAUGAGACACUGGUGAUAACUCUUAAUAUUACACAUUCAUCAAAACACGGCACUAUUGUCGAACUGCCUGAUGAAGUACGAUUGCCUGCAGGUCACACUUACACAGACUUCCAAGUGAAAGCAGAUGAUGUUGGACAAGUAACAGUUUAUCUUUAUGCUAUUAAUUCCAACAUAACUGGACCUAGGAUUCAAUUCCAAGUGAUUCACAGCAUCAUAGUGAGAUAUGCUGAUGAGGUGAUUGGCUGGAUCUAUUUCCUCGCCUGGUCUAUCUCCUUUUAUCCUCAACUCUUUGAGAACUGGCGACGAAAAAGUGUUGUUGGACUAAGCUUUGACUUUCUAGCACUAAACCUUACUGGCUUUAUAGCAUACAGUGUAUUUAAUAUUGGACUCUUCUGGAUUCCCUUGAUUAAGGAGGAAUUCUUAGUCAGUUAUCCCAGCGGGGUGAACCCUGUGGCCAUCAAUGAUGUUUUCUUCAGUUUGCACGCAGUAGUUCUAACUCUCCUCACCAUCAUUCAGUGCUGCAUCUACGAGAGAUCAGGUCAGAAAGUAUCCAAAGUUGUUGUUGGACUACUGGCACUUGCAUGGAUCUUCACAUUUACAACACUGUUUCUUGCUGCAGCUGAGGAAAUGACAUGGCUACAGUUCUUAUUCUGCUUCUCUUAUAUCAAGUUAGCAGUCACACUGAUAAAAUAUUUUCCACAGGCAUAUAUGAAUUUCCGUCGGAAGAGUACUGAAGGAUGGAGUAUUGGAAAUGUACUGCUAGACUUCACUGGUGGAAGCUUCAGCCUUCUUCAGAUGUUUUUGCAGUCAUACAACAAUGAUGAGUGGAAGUUAAUCUUUGGAGAUCCAACCAAGUUUGGCCUGGGUGUCUUCUCCAUCAUCUUUGAUAUUGUUUUUAUAGUCCAGCACUACUGCCUUUAUAAGACACGGGGGUAUGAACCCUGUGAGUAACAUGACUUGUUAGGACAAAAACUUUAAAUUGAACUUGUCUCUACUCUGGCUGAGAGUUUCCAAGGUGCCUACUGCCAGGUACCAGAAGUACUGAUUCUGAUCUCUGUUUGUACUUUGAUCCUCUCUGGUAUGGAAUACAAGCUGUUGCCUUGCCAAAUGCAGAUCGCCAGAUGCCUUAAAGGACAGCAAGCUAUCAAGCCACUAAUUGCAAAAUGAAGACUCAUACCUGUGGAAGCUGCAAAGCCAGCUUGGCGUGAGCUGUCCAAGCAACAUGUGGCUCCUUUUCUAUUAAAAGCAAGAAAGACCAGAGAGAUGUCUUUCUGAUGGGAAGUGAAGCACAAAGAGCAGAGUUACAGCUUUCAAAAAAUCUGAGAUGUUUAAACAACCACUUAAUAUCGUGACUGAAGACUGUCUCUGGGUCUAAGUGUUGCUGCUGACACCUCACAGACAACACAGUAGAUGCCACUCAUGGUGGCUGUUAACAGCCAUAGUGGUAACAGAAGAAUGAGGUUGGCAGUAAAUAAAUGUCAGAACCCGAACUCUUUACUAAGAGAAAUAUUGAGAAGCAGCAGAAAACUGUAUUUUACUUUACUUGGAUUUAUCUGAGUACUUCUAGUGCACUAACUUCAUUGACACGUCCUGAAUCUUACAGGUGGAUGGUAAAGAUUUUUGUCAAAGAUUAUUUUUAAGUCAAUUAAACUUUAAACACAGGCUUUUGUUCCUGGGCAACUUUCUAACUACACACGGUGUGCUCUAGAUAGAGAUUAAAGCCUUGAGUUACUUGAAGGUAAGCAUCGUACCCUUUAAAAGAAUGAGAAGGGAAGCCAUGCGUUUGUACUUGAAUGGUCUUGGUGUCCACCUAAGGAAAACCAGAACCCCUUCUUCCCCCUGCUAGAGACCACGUGAGGUCUAACAGCUCACUAGCGCUGCACCUACCUACCUGCCUGUGAAAUCAGCCCUUACCAACCUCUGCAUCAUGUUGAUGUAGCCCACGACUCGCUUUCAGCCAAAAAAGAGUUGUCAGCUGGAAGCAUUCAAGUAAUACAUCAUAAGGACAAAACAGCUCAGGAAAUCAAAGGUUUUUUAUUGUGUAAAAUCAAGUGGAAUAGCAGUACAAAUAGCAGUGUAUCUUCAUAGUAACAAAAAUAACUUCACCUUGAAAGCCUGAAAAUUUACCACUUAAGUUACAAAAUUAAAA